GGAUGCUAUUAGACAGUACAGUACAUACAGUCUGACAAACCCUAACCCCUCGGGCCGAAAUCCCCUGGCCCUGGCUCAAGGAGAGCAAUGGCGUGGAGCAGGACAGCACACCGGCGCAGCGCCGUCAUGCCACUCUUACGCGCCGCGCUGCGCCGCUUCCUCUCCACGGAGUCUUCGGGGUUCCCGAAGCUACGGAACCUUCCGUACCGACUCCGCCGCGCCGCCGUCCCCGCUGCGCGCACCGCCGUCUCCGACUACCUCAUCUCAACGCGCUGCCUCCCCUCCUCCCACGCCGACUCAAUCACUGCGCUUGCGCCGUGCUCCCUCCACACCUUCCUCGCCGGCAUCCCAGCCGUGCCCAGUACGCUCCCCUCCUCCGACCUCCCCUCCCUCCUCCGCCGCCACCUCUCCUACCAUCCGCUCAACGAGCUUCCCUUCUUCCUCGAGUCCAUCGGCUUGCCCCCUUCCACCGAUUCCGAUCUCAUGUUCCUCACCGACCAUCCGUCCCUCCUCCCCACCGUUGCCGCGCUCGCGCAUUUCGGCUUCCCGUGGUCCCGUCUUGGCCUGCUAUUCCCCAAUGUCCUCCUCCAAGUCCCUCCCGACCUCAUCUCCGCCCGCCUUGUCGCCCUCGAGGAAAGCCUCCGUCCGCUGCCGCGUGCUGCGAUUAUCGCUGCCUGCCUCUCUUUCCCCUUGCUUAUUGAGAACGAUCUCUCCAGCAGUGCCCCCCUUGUCGAUGAUCUUAUGAGGGCGUAUGGAGGAUUGGGUCCGGAUUUGGGGGCUAGCAAUGACAUUGAUGUGUUCUUGCGAGUGUGCGGCAGGAUGCAGAUGUUCUACGAUGCUGGGAUGAAGGUUGGGAGCAUCGGGGGGCUUGUUGGGUGCAAUCAGAGGGUUUUUCUUGAGCUUAAGGAGGAGCGGAUUGGUGAGAGGUUGAAAUUCUUCAAGAGGCUGGGGCUGCCAGGGGAGGAGGCAGGGAGCUUCUUACUGAGCAAUCCUGGGGUUUUGGAUCUUGAUUUUGAUGAUGUGGUGAUCUCAGUGCCAGAGUACCUGAGGAGAGUUGGGUUGGCAGAUGACGAGGUUGAUGUGGCGGUGAAGAAGCACCCGUAUGUGGUUGGGAGGAACAGAUUGGAGAACCUCCCUGGUGUGCUGCGUGCAAUGGGACUGAGUCAUCGAUUCCUGGAGAAGAUUUCUGGUGGCGGUGAGAGCUUGCGGUAUUUAUCACCAGAUUUCGUCUUGGAGGAUGCUAGUUAUGAUAUGGAGGUGGAGAGAGCAUUCUCAGACAGAAUGGUUAAGGUGAAGGUGGAGAUGAAUGCACAGCAUGUGGACACCAAGCUUGAGUUCUUGAAGAGCAUUGGGUAUGGUGAGAACAAAAAAACCGCACACAUACUUCCUGUUCUGCACAGCACUCGGGAAAUGCUGAAUGAGCGAUUUGACUACCUCCUGGAAAGAGGGGUGGAGUACAAGAUGCUGUGUCGGAUCGUGAGUGUGUUCCCAAAGGUGCUGAACCAGGGCAAGGAGAUGCUCAAUGAAAAGUUGAACUACAUGACUCUGGAUCUGGGAUACUCUUUGGAGUAUCUUGAUUGCUUCCCAGCAUUACUGUGCUUUGAUUUGGAGAACCGGGUCAAGCCUAGGUAUGCAAUGCUUCGGUGGCUCCAAAGUUAUGGUCUUUUUAAAAGACCAUUAGCGCCUGCAACUGUGCUUGCUAACUCAGAGAAGAGGUUCAUUUCCAACCUCUACAAUAUGCAUCCCGCAGCGCCGAAGCUGUGGCUUGAGUGCUUCUCUUCAAGAAUACACAUGGAAUAUUACCUCAAGAAUAUACAGUCCCAGCAUCCAGAUAAUGAAUAAUUAGCUAUUGAAUUAUAUUGGCAUGAUUAUCAGAGCCGGAGGUACAGAGGAUUGUCAUCUCCAAUUGUGGCAUGCUUUCCCUCAGAAGGUGGUGAAUAAAGGGGCUUCUCAGGGCCAUUGCAUUUGUGGCCGUUAGAUCUGGUGCUCCCUCUGAUCUCAGCCGUCCAUUUUUUGCACUGUGUGAGAUAAAAGUCAAGCCACCAGUGGUAGAAAACCCUACCCGCUGCUCGGGCCCCUCCUUUCGCGCUCGUUUCCAUUGCUUCGCCACCACCAUUCUUCUCCUCCUUCCUCCUCUCCCCAUGGUAGGCCGGCGCCGCUGCUGCCUCGUUCCUCUGCUCCUUCACGUCCGUCAGCCUCCGUCUUGAGCAGGGCACAGUAACCAUGUACCAUCUAAUCAGAACUGGACUGCAUUGGCGAAACAUAACAGGAUUAUGGCCAAUCGUUAUCUAUCUAUGAUACAAGAUAGAGUCAAAAGGGAAAACAUGGUAUUCUCUGAUACAAGUUCAUGGCACCUUGGAUUGGAUCCAUAUGGUGCAUACCAGGAACAAAAAUUUCUUAUGGUCCAAAGAUUCGAGUGGAGGUAUAAAUAGGUAUUUAUCUGCAGAGGUGUGUUUACGUAAUUAGUUCGGUAUGUACCUUUCUAUUUCAUAUCCCACACAUCUGUUAACACCUUAUAUGGUUCCAUUCUGUAGGUUGCACUAUCCACUCUUUGAGUGAUUGCAGGUAAUCUACAAUAUUCAUAAAGCUUAAUCGGAAACCAUAGGUGUGAGGGUUACCUUUCAAAUACAUAUUGUGAUCGUUGAAAACUCUCCGUGUAGACUUGGUACUGUUCGCUCUGGUGUUCCAUGGCAGUGUGCAACAUCUAUUGGAUGAUACAAAUGUGUGUUCCCUGCUCUCUUUUUUUGGCAGAAUGUUCUGUUAAGUUUUGAAUAAUAAUAUCCUAAAUAAUUUGGAUAAAAGAUAGUUUGAUGCGUGCAUGUGUAAUAAAUCCAUAUAUUGUUUUGAGAAAUGUUUAAAUCAAUUUAUGCUGCAUUGUUGCCAUCUAAUUUUUAAAUCCUUGGUUUUUUAGCCAGAAGGGGGGCAUGGGCGCAGCGGUAAAGCUGUUGCCUCUUGCAGGUUCGAGUCCUGGAAACAGCCUCUUGCAUAAAUGUAGGGAAAGGCUGUGUGAAAAAGACCCAAAGUGGCCAGACCCUGCGCAAGCGGGAGCUACUCAGCUACGUGCUCCGGGCUGCCCCGUUUUUUUAGUUUUUAGCCAAAACUGUAGAAAUUUCUCUUGCUAUAUUUUCAUUGUGUUGUUUCUAUUACUUAUGUUUAUAUUCUCUUGCUAUCCUGCAUUUCUAAUAUCCAGAUUGACAAUCACUAAAAUUUGUACAGAGAGUAAAAGUAGCUAUACACACUUAGGUCUUACUCUGCAAGUAACCGAACAAAUGAGCAGUUGAUUUCUUAACUGAAGAAAUCACUAUUACCAUUUUAAAUGCUUACCGUUUUCUUCCCUUGGUGGUGCUUACGAAACGGUAACAGCAAAAACCAAGUGACAUGAGGCAGAAAGAAGAAGACAUUCCUGCAUCAGGUUGAGCAUUACAAAUCCCUGCUAUCUGAAUGUGAAGUCAAGACAAAGUCCAAGGUGGAGGAGCUGCAAAAAAAUAACAUCCUGCAGGUGACAAAAAAAGGCGAUAUUUCCUUGCAAUUCCUCCUUUCAAGCUAAAGAGUGCACUUUCUUAGGCUGUCAUUAGUUUUCACCGGGUCAUACUUACUCCAUGACACCAGGCCAUGGUCUUAUCAAAAUGAGGAGUGUGAAAGAAUUCUUAGGCCAGAGUUGUUGUAAGAGAUCAGUGUUCACGUCCCCGCUUCGACCUUUAGGACUGGUAAUUUGGCAAGAUCUAGAAUCGGGGUUUACUACUUGAAAGUCCAUGGAUUUCGACCACAAUGCCGCCGCCGCCGCCGCCGACGGGCUUCCGUUCUCCAGCAAGAACACCUACCAUCUCCUCAUCGGACAGCCCAACCACGACAUUAGCACCCAUCUCAUUUUGGCAACCCGUGUCCCCAUCAAGGUGCAGGUCUUCGCCUGGCUACUCUUCAAGGACCACCUCAACUCCAAGGUGACCUCUUCCACAAGACCAUCGCCCCUGACACCAUUUGCACCGGGUGUGGUGUAUGGUUGUGUCGUUUUCCAUGAGAUGGAAUCCUUGUGUUGGCUGAGCUUAACUUCCUGAAGGGCGAUCCAUAGAUGGUGGAUUUGCAGCUGAGUUGCAAGGUGACCCUGUGCAUAACUUGCAUCAAUGCUCCGUUCAGGUGCCCUCUGAAACCAGCAACGUCUUCCCGCGACUCAGCUUUAAAAAAAAAUGAAGGCACAAUCUCCAUUGGGGCUUUGCCAUGCAGCCAUCUAGAGAUCUAGAAGCUCGUCUUCUUUUCAUUCCGAGAUGUAUGUUUGGUGCAAGCAUCAAAGAGACAUUGAUCUGUGAUGUCGCCAGGGAUAGCAGCGUCAUGCCAUGGCUUGGCUUGGAAUGAUCUGUCCAACUGAACAAGUGCCAACGCAGUGGCAAAGCCUUGCUAAAUUUGUGGAGAUCCAGAACACCUAGCGCUGAAGCUUGACCUACUACUUGUAUGAUGAUGCGGGGUGCAUAUAUUUUAGUUGGGCGACAUGGAGGAGUUUGAUUAUACAUUGCCUAUUUGACUGGUGGUACUAGUGCAUUGAAGAACUAGUUCACACACUAUUGUUCUACAAUCAAGUAAAUCAAAAGUAUGCAGUAUUGUAUUUCUGGGGGAGCAAUUGAGCAUCAGUCUCUGCAGGAACGUCAGGGUACAAGGAUGGAUGGGAUCGGAGGAUAAUUGGUGCCACAGCUUUAAAAAACACCGACCUCGGAGACAAUAAAGUUGAGAGGGAUACAUCAGGGCAAUACAUUUCUGUAUCUGGGUAUAAUGAGAUGCAAAGUACCCUUGAGUCUUGUCCACUCUCCUAAAUGAAACUGGAGAUGUGUGAUAUAGGACCGAGCACACUUGGGGCUACAUCCAUUCCUGAGGCCUUGUUUGGUGGAGGAGGUUUGGAGAGGAAUAUCCUCACAGGGUUCAAAAUCCUCAGAAAUCCUUGUCAGCCCAUUUGACACUUAGGGAUUGAGCAGGCCAAUCCUCUCCGUUCCCCAUGAAUCCCUCUCAAUCCAUGUGGUACAGAAAACCCCCCAAGACACCCAUGGAACUGGACGCUUGCUUUGCUGCUGCUGUUGUAGGAGGUUUAACCAGAUACAGGAGUUUAUAUAGAGGAGUUUAUGAGAGGGGAGGGAUUAGUGGGGAAUUGAGAGGAUUGGAUGGAAGAGAAAGAUGAACCAAAUCCCCUUAGAUCCCUCUCCACUCCGGGGCUGCAAAACCUGCCUGUCAAACGAGGCCUGAAGGUCUGACAGAGGAAAUGUGUGGUGGCAACAUGAGAGUUUGAAGCACAUGAAAAUGAUGUGUGCUUGACUUGGGAUUAUCAGGCUUAACGAAAAAUCAAGGCAGAAGCAACUUUCUACCGCAACAUUUUUUAGGAACAUAGGUGUACUACAGAUUUCUAGGCUUCGGUACCUGAUGUAAAUGUUGGAAAUAUUAGCACUUUUCCGAUUAGAUUUAUCCACAAGUAAACAGUAAGCAUGACAUAAAAGGUAUGCAUCUCAUAGCGAUACCUAAGCAUACUAGCAUGUGCAGAACAUAGAAUCGAACCUUCUAUG